GCGAGGGUGGGACAGGGCAGCUGAGCCGCUUCGGCGGCGCGGGCAUCGCCGUCCCCGAGCCGAGACUGCCCGCGGAAUGAGCGUCCCCCGGGCGGCUGCCGCUGCCGCCUCCACUCAGGCUCCGGCGGGCGGGCGCAGAGCGCGGCUGCCGGCGCGGGCGCUGCGGCGGGAGCGAAGUGAAUGACCGAGAGGAGCGGCGCGGAGAGGCAGCCCCGGGAUCAGGAUGCGGGCGCCAGCCAACAUCCUCAACCUCCUGCUGCUGUCCUUGCUAGCCGGCCUCGAUCCCUCCAAGACUCAGAUUAGCCCCAAGGAAGGGUGGCAAGUUUAUAGUUCAGCCCAGGAUCCUGAUGGCCGUUGCAUAUGCACUGUCGUUGCACCCGAACAAAACCUAUGUUCAAGAGAUGCCAAAAGCAGGCAACUCCGACAGCUGUUGGAGAAGGUUCAGAAUAUGUCCCAAUCUAUUGAAGUUUUAAAUCUACGGACUCAGAGGGAUUUCCAGUAUGUUUUAAAAAUGGAAACACAAAUGAAAGGGUUGAAGAACAAGUUUCGGCAAAUUGAAGAUGAUCGGAAGACAUUAAUGACAAAGCAUUUUCAAGAGUUGAAAGAAAAGAUGGAUGAGCUCCUGCCACUGAUCCCAGUUCUGGAACAAUAUAAAACUGAUGCCAAAUUAAUCACCCAGUUCAAGGAGGAAAUUAGGAAUCUGUCUACUGUCCUCACUGGGAUUCAGGAAGAAAUUGGUGCUUAUGACUAUGAAGAACUACACCAGCGUGUACUCAGUUUAGAAACCAGGCUUCGAGACUGCAUGAAAAAGCUCACAUGUGGCAAGUUGAUGAAAAUUACAGGCCCCAUUACAGUCAAGAUAUCCGGAACCCGAUUUGGAGCCUGGAUGACAGAUCCAUUAGCAUCAGAGAAAAAUAACCGAGUCUGGUACAUGGAUAGUUACACUAACAAUAAAAUUGUCCGUGAAUAUAAAUCAAUUGCAGACUUUGUCAGUGGGGCUGAAUCAAGGACAUACAACCUUCCAUUCAAAUGGGCAGGAACCAACCACGUUGUCUACAACGGCUCCCUCUAUUUCAACAAGUAUCAGAGCAACAUCAUCAUCAAAUACAGCUUUGACACUGUGCGGGUGCUCGCGCAGCGUAGCCUUGAGUAUGCUGGCUUUCACAAUGUCUACCCUUAUACCUGGGGUGGCUUUUCUGAUAUUGACUUGAUGGCAGAUGAAAUUGGGCUGUGGGCUGUGUAUGCGACCAACCAGAAUGCAGGCAACAUUGUCAUCAGCCAGCUAAACCAGGAUACGCUGGAGGUGCUGAAGAGCUGGAGCACAGGCUACCCAAAGAGAAGUGCUGGAGAAUCCUUCAUGAUCUGUGGCACCUUGUAUGUUACUAACUCGCACUUAACAGGAGCCAAGGUCUACUAUUCUUAUUCCACAAAAACCUCCACUUAUGAGUACACAGACAUUCCUUUCCAUAAUCAGUAUUUUCAUAUAUCCAUGCUUGACUACAAUGCAAGAGACAGAGCUCUCUAUGCCUGGAAUAAUGGACAUCAAGUCCUGUUUAACGUCACGCUUUUCCACGUCAUUAAAACUGAAGAUGACACAUAAUUUUCUUUCCCUUCCCUUUCCCUCACUUCUCUCCCUCAAAGCAAUGUCAUUUGUGAUAAACUCGAAAAGCAUCCAUCUCUCUCAUUUCCUUUUAAUUUACAUUUCUUUUUUUUUUUUUUUUCAUUAAGGAGAAGCAACAUUUUCUACCAUAUAAUGCAUUUCAAAUACGGCUGAGCCUGUCAAAAAUGACCUGUUGGAAAUAAAAGCAUCUUAACUCAUGAUUCUACAAGGUCUGUGAAGACCUUGUCUUGAAAAGCACUAAAGAGGAUUUAAGUGGCUAAAGACAGUUUUUAAAAGAUUAUGAUCUGCCUUAUUUUAGAGUCAGAGACUAAUGGUGGCUUAAAUGCAUGAAUGUCUUUUUUUACCUCAUUUUUGGUUUUAAUCUAUUGCUUAACUUCAGGAAAUAUUAUGGUAGUGUCAGACAUAUUGCACAUUGUAUUUUUUUAUUUAUUCAAAAAGAAAGAUUUAGGAAUUUAAUUUACUUGGACAUGGAGUAUGAUUCAUUUUGCCAUCACUCAAUUUCAGAUGUGGUGCUGUACAGUAUGUUUUUAAAUCUCUUUCAAACAUUUUAUCGACAGUAUGUAUUUCUACCAUUGUAACCACCAUUGUGCAAUUGUAUCUCUUCACUUAUGUGAAAGUAAACUAAGUACUAUUUUUUAUAAAAUAUGUUGAAGCUUAAUUGCAGUUCUGGUUAUGGGUCAAUUGAAAAUGGUAAAAAUCUGAGAAAAAGUUAUUUCUGAGAAAGAUGAAUAGUUCUCAGGUGCAUGAUCCCUAGUCUCAGCUUUAUUUCGCAGACUUCUUAUUUACCAUUGGUGCUUACUGGCAAAUUUGCGACUUUCAAGCCUCAUACCAGCCCCAGCUUUACAAUUAUUCGACCUACCCAAUUUUUAUGUCUCUCUCAGUCUGCUUUUUGCCUACUCUCUUUCCUUGCACUAUUUUAUUUCCCAUGUUUAUGCUCUUUCCCUGAUCUGGGCUUUACAAGAGAGAAUCUGAAAAUGGGCUUCUGCCAACACCUCCUGUUUAAGGGUGUGAGUGCAUCGCACGUUAGCACUGGUCUGGGGCAGCAAGGAGCAAUGUUAGAAGUCAAGUUGCUUUCCUCAAUCUGCCUGUCUUCUUACUCAUAAUAGAAGAACCUUCAUCUUUUGAUAAAGCUGGGAUGAUGGUAAUUAGGGAGAAAACACAAAGGAAAAGGCUCAAAGCUAGAUGAUCCACGCAGCAUCUGGUAGCCACCACAUUCCUUGGCCUUGCUAGAAAACAGCCACAACACCGGUCAACCUUUUGCAAAGAGGUCUGGGAUUUGCUAGCAGUAGUAUUGUUACUUAUGGUCAAAACUGAUGUUUAUAAGAAACAAAUAUUUCUGAAAGCUGCAUGGCUUGCCACACUACCUCCUUAGAAUUUGGGGGAGGGAGUGUACUUUGUUGGGAAAAAGCAGAGGUGCUAUUUAUUUUGGCAAAUGGAAAGAAACUAGCAUUAACAACUAGCAUAAGGCUUCUCAUUAAGCUGGUCUACAACCUAAGGCAAAAAGACAGGUAUCUGAAAAAAAUGUGGGAAAUCUGCACUCUUCACAAAAUCUGAGAUUCCUCUCUUUAGACCAUUUGAAAUUGGACUCACAGAAAAGCAAGAAUGUCUACCAAAAUAUUCCUAUUUAAGAAUGAGGAAAAAAAAAUGCACUAAUAUUUUGACAGAUCUAUUUUGAAGACAUUUGAUUUGCUGAUUCUUCCAGCUGAGCCCAUCUUAGUCUCACAAAUGUUUUCAUUA